AUGGAGACGCAGCCAGCACAGCAGAGCACGAAGAGCGGAACGGUGGUCGAUGCGACCGCCCUGUUCGCACUCACCGCCAAGUGCAAGCUCCACCCUGUGGUGGUGUUCAGCAUCCUCGAUCACUUCAGCCGCAGGAACGAGAAUCAAGAGCGAGUCGUGGGCACCCUUCUCGGCGUGAACAACGAUGGCGUCAUUGAGAUCAAGAACAGCUACCCCGUUCUCCACAACGAAUCGGGUGCGCUGAUUGGCAUCGAUCGCGAAUUCCACAGGUCCAUGUUCGAUCUCAACCAGAAGGCCAAUCGCGGUGAGGUCAUCGUGGGCUGGUACACCACCGGAUCGAAGGUGCCCGACUCGGCUGCCGCCAUUCACGACUUCUUCUGGCGAGAGGUGGGCGCCCCGCCCGUGGUGCUGCUCGUCGAUACGGGCCUCACCAACGCCAAGCUCGACGUCUCCGCCUUUGUCGGUCCGUCGCCGUCGGCCCUCGCCGCUGCCGCCGCCGCCGGCAGCAGCGGUGACGCCGCGCCCGCCGCCCCCGCCACGCCCGCCAAGCCCACCCUGUCACUCUCGACCGUGCAGCUCGAGUUCAGCGCGCCCAAGCCCGAGCGGCUGGGCCUCGCUGCUCUGUCAAGCACCGAAGGUCUGCGCGGCACAGUGGGCGAGGAGGGUGCGCUGCUGGACGACCUCGACAGCGUGGAGCGGUCGAUGGGCAAGCUCAUCGGCCUUCUUGAUGAGGUGACGGCCUACGUGCAGCGCGUGAUCGAGGGCAAGGAGACGCCCAACGUCGAGGUCGGCCGGCUGCUCUACGACACCCUCUACUCGCUGCCCAAGGUCGACGCCGAGCAGUUCGAGACCCUCUUCAGCAAGCAGAUCCAGGAUUUGGUCAUGAUCGUCUACCUCUCCAAGCUCACCAGGACCCACCUCACCCUCAACGAAAAGCUCCAGAGCCUUGUCCAGUAG